UCAUUUUACAAUCAGUACGAUUUUGUCAUUCUCAAUGAAUUGUUGUUACUUAACAAUUACGACUUGACCAUGAACAGCCGAAUAAGAGUAAGACUAAUGAUUGUGGUUUUAAUCGGACUAGCUAAAUCCGUAGAGGGUUCGCAACAUAAUGAGACCAAAUCAAGCACCCUUUCAGAUGCAUUAGACAAGGCGGCCGCACUGGUGGACAAGGACCCAUCUAGCCAUGAUCUGAACCUUCUAAACAGCUUUAUGACGGACAAACGACAUCAACUUGGCAACGGUAAGCUUCAAACAAAAACUCAACACACACAUGUUGACGAGACACUUGAAAAAAUGCAAGCCGAAAUUGACGAACUUAAGUCAAGUUUGAAGACAGUUCUUACAAUGUGUCAAAACGUACCCCAAAAACGAUCAGUACUUGCGGAACCCCAAGUCGCCUUUUACGCCCAGUCAACACACGGCCGUAUUAACGUUGGGGAACAUCAGACGAUCGUGUUCGAUCAAGUAGUAACAAACGUUGGGAACGCCUACAACAAAUUCUCAGGAAUGUUUACGGCACCAGUCAGUGGAACAUACGCAAUCUUCUGGUCAACAUUCAAUGGCCACCAUACACACUUGUUAUCUGAGCUAGUUCACAACGCCAACGUUGUAGGUUUAGCGUGGUCUGAUGCGUAUGAUCAUGACGAUGGUGAGAUGGCUUCAAAUCAGGCAGUGCUACCGAUGAACGCCGGGGACAUUGCCUAUGUUCGGUCCGCGCCUUAUAAUCCUCCCUGCGUCGCAGAUGGGCGUUCGUUUACGACAUUUUCAGGAUGGCUUCUUUAUCUGGCGUAAUACGUUCUGUGCACGUUUACAACAGAAUAUGCUUCAUGGUUAAUUUAACAUUGCAAUGUUUCAAUAAGUCUUUUAUUUGAGAAAAAUACAAAAUAACAAAUGGAA